UCAUGCCAGUGGAGAUCCUUGAAGCAAGUGUCGUCGAGCUGUCCAAGAGAGAUCCAUGACUGCAUGCGGCCGUUUUGGACAUUCCAAACGGCGCGGAUGGUUCUGUCGGUCGAGGCAUGGUCGCGCGACGGGCUUGUGCGAAGAAUUCAAACGCAGAUGGGCCGAAUCCGGCAUGACGUUUCCACGUGGCCAGAGAUCGAGCAAGGCCGUCGUGAUCGUAAUGGCAGAGGAUUCGCCGAUCGACGCGAUGGCGCAUCGGUUUCGUUUAUCUUGGGAAUGCCGUAAUCUCGACCGCGUGGUAAUCUCGAGAAAAACGAUUCAAGGUGAAACACCCGCCGUCGUCGAACUCGCUAGCGUUCGAUUCGUCGCUUCAGUCGGCAUUCAUCGAAUUUCCGGCCGCUCGCUCCAGCCGCAUGUCUGCUCCAGUCGAUGACGUCGCGUCCGACAGCCACUUUGUCACGGUCAACACACCCAAAGUCAGCGUUGACACGCAGGCGACAACGACUGGCCACGGCAGUCCGCGGCCGUCGUUGAAAGCUGCCACGGCCCUUCGGCAGGUCCCCAAGCUCGCGAUCGAGUGGCAGAUCGAUGAAUUGACGGCAAAAAUCCAAAAAGCGCGCCGGGUCGUCGAGACCAAAGUCAUCUUGAAGAAUGUAAACGGCCUCGCGUCGUCGGGCCAGCUCGUCGUGAUCAUGGGGCCGUCCGGCGCGGGCAAGAGCUCGAUGCUCGACAUCAUUGCCGGGCGAAACAAGGCGUAUUCGGGCCACGUCAAGGUGAAUGGGCAGCCAUGGAACGCCGACUUGAACAAGCGCGCGUGCUACGUGAUGCAGGACGACGUGUUUUACCACACGCUCACGGUCGAGGAGCACUUGCUGUUUCAAGCGCAGUUCCGCAUGGGCAACUCGUGCACGGCGGCGCAGCGCCACGACCGCGUCCAGUUUGUCAUUGACGAGCUCGGGCUUGGAAAAUGCAAGGACACUCGCAUUGGGAACGCCCAGGUGCGGGGGAUCUCGGGCGGCGAGCGCAAGCGGCUGAGCUUUGCGACCGAGAUCUUGACGAACCCGUCGCUUUUGUUUGUGGACGAACCGACCAGUGGCCUCGACAGCUUCAUGGCCGAGAGCGUGGUCCAGAUCAUGCAGAAACUCGCGCGCGAAGGCCGCACGAUCCUCACCACGAUUCACCAGCCGUCCUCUGAAUUGUUUGCCCUCUUUGACCAGCUCUACUUGCUCUCGAACGGCCGCACCGUGUACUACGGCCCGGCCGCCGACUCGGUCGCGUACUUUGCUUCGAUAGGAUACCCCUGCCCCACGUACAUGAACCCGACCGACUACUUCAUGCGGCAGAUCAUCCAGCUGGACGCUGACGCGACUUCGCGCGUCCACACGAUGGUGGAGAAGUGGCACACGCACGAAGCGUCGCAAGUGCGGCCGACACCAGAAAUCGCAACAGGCGAUGCACUGGCUGCGUUUGCUGAGUCGCGACUCGGUUUGGUUGGGCAGUUCAUCGUCUUGUGCAAGCGCAACGUCACUCGGCUCAUCCGCGACCACAUGGCGUUCAAAGCCCGCUUCUUCCAGAGCAUCUUCAUUUCGGUGAUUGUUGGGCUCAUCUACUUGAACUUGACCAUGUCCCAAACGGGCAUUCAGAGCUUCAGCGGCGUGCUGUUCUUCAUCACGAUCAACCAAGUGUUUUCGUCGGCGAAUUCCGAGUUUCUCGCUGUCCCGCUCGAGCUGCCGAUCAUGUCUCGCGAGUACAAUGGUGGGCUGUACGGGUCGUCGAUCUGGUACUUUGCCAAGAACGUGUCGGAGCUCGCGUUCCAGAUCUUUUUCCCCAUGAUCUUCCUCGUCCCGCUCUACUUCAUGAUCGGGUUUGGCCCGGACAAUGCCACCGUGUUCUUUUCGUUCUACGUGUACCUCGUGCUCCUCAACUCGACUGCCACCGGCAUCGGAUACAUGGUCAGCUGCAUGGUGCGCCGCGCUGACCUUGCCCCAGUGAUUGGCAUCGUGCUCAUCUUGCCGCUUGUCCUGUUCGGUGGGCUGUUUAUAAACACGGACAACACGCCCAACUAUUUCACGUGGCUCGAGUACAUAUCCCCCCUCAAGUAUGCAUACCGUGGCGUCAUGCGAGCAUUCUGGAGCACUGUGCUGGACAUUCCAUGUGAUCCGACGCGCGCAAAUUGUGUCCGCAAUGGCGCCGCGGUCCUCAAGAACGGGUCGCUCGACAAAGCAUCAAUGAUUCUCGAUGUUGCUGCCCUCCUCGGCCUUAACUUUGGGUUUCGACUCAUUGGAAUGCUGUUUCUCGCCCGCAACGUCAAAAAGCGCGACUAGAUGAAGCGCCAUGUUGGCGUGCGAUGAUCCCGUCGCCAUCGUACAUGAGCCAAUUGCGCGCGUAAUAAAAUACGCUGAAUAAUUCUGCAUACAAAUAUGUAGAUAAUUAUAUCUUGAACUCCAUGAAGCUCGUUGAUCUUUUGGCCA